AUGAAGGCCGAACAGGGAGCCAGAGGAACAGACAUUAAGGAACAGCGGAAGCUAGGACUCUGCGUCCUCUGCGGCCUGCCUGCAGCAGGAAAAUCAACCUUCGCGCGAGCCCUCAGCCACCGGCUUCGUCAGGAGCGGGUCUGGGCCGUCGGCGUCGUCGCCUACGAUGACGUCAUGCCGGACGUGUUCCUGGACGAGGAGAACGCUCAGGCCUUGCCAUCCCAGUGGAAACUGCUUCGGCAGGAACUGUUGAAGUACCUGGACUGCUUCUUGGUGGCUGUCAUUAACGGGUGUCAGAUGGCUGCCCCCCCUACUAGAACGGAAGCCAUGUGGGAAGAUUUUAUUAGCUGCUUAAAGGAUCAAGAUCUGCUAUCUUCUGCAGCGCUUGAGGCCCAGGCCUGCUACCUUUUAACGAAGACUGCAGUUACCAGACCUUUGAUUUUGAUUUUAGACGACAACUUUUAUUAUCAAAGCAUGAGAUACGAAGUCUACCAGUUGGCUCGGAAAUAUUCAUUAGGCUUUUGCCAGCUCUUUUUAGAUUGUCCUCUUGAGACGUGUUUACAGAGGAAUGGCCAGAGGCCAAGGGUACUGCCAGCCGAGACCAUUCACUUGAUGCGGAGGAAGAUAGAAAAGCCCAACCCAGAGAAAAAUGCUUGGGAACACCACAGCCUCACACUGGAGAGUUCAGCAUGUCCUGAAGCCAGCCUGGAGGUGACUGAUUUAUUGCUUACUGCUUUACAAAACCCAGUACAAAAUGUUGAGGACAAUUGGGAACAGAAGGAAACAGACAGAAUUACUUGUUCAACUAAUCUCCUUCAUCAAGCUGAUCAGAUGCUGCGGAGAAUCAUCUCUCAGACAAUGAAGGAAGCAAAAGGUGCACUGGGUGGUUCUGUGCUGUUUGGUAACAAUGAGGCUACGCUGCUAAUCUUGUUCCUUUGA